CUCGGCAUUAAUGUUGACCAGCAGUUGGAGCAGCUGGCUGGCCGUGGUGAAGAUGAAACCAGCGGCGACUCAUUUGACUUGGAGGCAGACGACCUGCCUUUUAGCCCUGGUCAACCAGAAUCAAGCGAUGACGACAUUUUCGCCGCAGUGGAGAGAUUGAUUAGUCGCGCUGUGGAGAAUGGCUUCCCAGCCGACCGAGUGGAGCAGCUACGCACGAUCGUGCACGCCUACGACGUGUGGCGCUUGGAGUUGCGCGCUGAUCCGCCGGCAAAUGUGCCGCCGCUGGAAGUGCGA